UGCGAGUCCUGCAGGACUUGCAGCAAGCGUGGGGGCUGAAUGUCUCUGGAUGGGUGGCUGGGGGGGAAUGCGACUUGGCCUACCAUGUGUUCUGCGAUGACCAAGGCAUGGUGACCUACAUAUUUCUCGACGACAACGCUCUGAGUGGGUCUAUUCCAUCCACCAUCGGCAGAAUGAGCAGCCUCGAAACAUUGUCUCUUUACGACAAUUCUCUGAGCGGGUCUAUUCCAUCCACCAUCGGUAGCCUGAGCAACCUCGAGUCAUUGUCUCUUUGGAACAACAAACUGAAUGGGUCUAUUCCAUCCACCAUCGGCAGCAUGAGCAACCUUGCACACCUGAUUCUUGACCACAAUUCUCUGAGCGGGUCUAUUCCAUCUGCCAUCGGCAACAUGAGAAACCUCUUUUGGUUGUAUCUUAACCACAAUGCGCUGACUGGGUCCAUUCCAUCUACCAUCGGCAACAUGACAAACCUCCAAGACUUUGACGUCAGCCAGAACAACCUCACGGGCCAACUCCCUCCAACAAUAGGCAACCUCAAACUUCUUUCAUACCUUGAUAUUAGCCAGAACAACCUCACUGGCCAACUCCCACCAACAAUUGGCAGUCUCACUCAUCUUUCAUAUCUUGACAUCAGCCAGAACAACCUCACUGGCCAACUCCCACCUGCAAUAGGAAGUCUCACUAAUCUUACAUACCUGAACAUGUCUUCGACUGCAAUCACAUGCCCUCCUGACUACAGAAGCUGCGUGGUCCCACAGACCACUUCAAGUGCUUUCUGCAGCCAGUGCGGCUCCUUCUGCACCACAUGUGACAAGCCACCACCAG